AUUAUUAUCUAUGACAUUGCAAAAAUUAAAAACAUUACGUAAUUUAAAUCAAUUUGUGGAUAAAAAAAAAAAAAAAUUACUAAUGUGUGUGUGGCAAGUUGAGAACCGAUGGAAAGACGCUGAAUAGAGAAUUUAAAAAAUUUUUUUAUUCCACAUUAAUAUUAGCGUUUGCAUACAUCUGUGUAAUGAUAAUUUUUUUUUUUUAAUUUAAAAUUUGCAAGUUUGGUAAAAUUGCCGGCUUGUAAAAUACAUAGCGCGCGCGCAACUCUCCAUGGCGAUUGGCGAAGCUGUUUUUCCGGUGGCAGUGCAUCUGAGUGCAUCGUGAUCCGUGCUCUUUUUUUUGUUUGAAUAAUAUUUGUACGUCUUUUAUUUUAAUAUCUAUUUUUUAUUCAAUUUUUCGUUCAUAUCACGAAAAAAAAAAAAAAAAAAAAAAGAAUCGAGUGAUGAACUUACGGAUUGUACGUGCCACGCCUUAGUGCCAAGAGUUGUGUGUGUUUCUGUGUGUAGAUAAAAGAAACAUGUAUAUAUAAAAAAGAAAGUACAUGUAAGUACAUGUAAGUCAAUGUAAGUACAGCUACUUGCAUCUCUACUUGCAUCUUUAAAGUGCGAAGUGACUACGAACAAGCGCUCGUAUCUUUUCAAUUUUCAUCGCAUUCAUUCGCUCAUGGACUCCAUAAAACUAAACUUGGCUAAUUAAAAAAAAUUAUUUACAAAAAUUUUCGACGUUUAAUAUUAUUAUUAAUAAAACAAUUUGUGUACAACGAUGAGGUUAUUUUUUGUUGAUUUAAAAAAAAAUAGUGAUUAUAAAAAACGUGUUAAAAAAAAAAAUAGCAUAUCUAUGAAUCAUUGGAGUUUCUAUGUGGAACGAAUGGAGUUGUGGGGACAAAAUUUUUUCGACAGAAAAGUUCGGAGGCUAGCCGUGUUUUUCAUAUUAAACUCAAUUUUAAACCAAUUUGCGCAUUCGUAGGAAUUUUUUCCGUAUUUUUCCCGUGAUCCUGAGAAAAUUUCCUAUAAGGAACCAACAAAAAAAUUAAAUUGUGCAUGUGAUGAACAGUAUGCCGGCCAAAGGCAAGCAUCAUCAUUAUUAAAAAACGCAUCAUCAACAACAUCAUCAGCAAACGCGACACAUUAGAAGCCAAGCUGGAGUAACCAUGCCUUGGAGAAUGGGGAUGAAUUAACGGAUGUUACGUGCCGCGCCUCUUGGCCUAGCAACACCAGUGCUAAAAGUUGUGUGUAUUUAUGUGUGUAGAUAAUACAUGUAUACAUAAAAAAAGUACAUGUAGAGUGAGUGCCGAGUGGUGUUUGAACUGUAAACUGUCUUUUCAAAUUUCAUCGUCGUCGCUCAUCGACUCCCAUAAAACAUAACUUGGCUAUGGCUAGUUAAAAAAAUAUAUUAAAUUAUUUAAAAAAAUUUCUAAGGCUUAAUAUUAUUAUUAAUAAAACGGGUUGUGUAAAACAACGAUAAGGAUAGUUUUUUUUUUAUUUAAAAUAAAUAGUGAUUAUAAAAAACGUCUCUAUGUGGAACGAUAGGAGUUGUGAUGCUAAAAUUUUUUAGUUAAUAAAAGUUCGGAGGCUAAAUUGUGUUUGUGAGCAGUAUGCCGGCCAAAUAUCAUGAUCAACAAUCGCAGCAGCAUAAUUAGCAAACGCAACAUAUUAUAAGCCAAGCUGGAGUAACCGACACACCACAAUUUUAUAACACCGCUGUAGCCAAUCGUGCAUACGUCACUCAUGCCAUGAUGUUAAUCGAUAUGCAAAAAUUCCUUGGAAAGACGUCAAGGUUGGUGACCUUAUACAUUUAUCAAACAAUGAAAUUGUACCAGCUGAUUUAUUGUUAUUACGAAGCAGUGAUCCUCAGGGUUUUGCACUUUUGGAUACUUGUAAUUUAGACGGUGAAACAAAUCUUAAACAACGACAAGUUGUUAGAGGUUUUUUAGAUAUUCAAGAUACAUUUCAACCAUCAAAAUUUCGUUCAGUUGUUGAAGUUGAUCAACCAAGCACAAAAAUUUACAGAUUUUAUGGAGCUGUUGUACAUCCAAAUGGUACCAGAGUACCAGUGACAACUGAAAAUCUUUUAUUACGUGAAUGUUUAUUAAAAAAUACGGAUUUCAUCAAGGGAAUUGUUGUUUAUGCUGGUCACGAAACAAAAGCUAUGCUGGACAAUGGUGGUCCACGUUAUAAACGUUCAAGAUUAGAACGACAAAUGAAUCUUGAUAUAAUAUGGUGUGUUUUGAUACUAAUUGUAAUGUGUAUUGUUGGAGCUGUUGGUUGUAAAUUAUGGCUAUCAACAUUCAAAACAACUACCUCUGUGCCUUUUUUGCCAGAUUUUAGUAAUUCAAAUUACGAGGGUAUAUUAACAUUUUUAACAUUUGUUAUAAUACUUCAAGUUAUGAUACCACUUAGUUUAUAUGUUACAAUGGAAAUGGCUAAAGUUGGACAAGUUUAUCAUAUUGGUCAUGAUACUGAACUUCAUGAUCCUGAAACUGGAUGCAAAGCUGAAUGUCGAGCUUUAAAUAUCACUGAAGAAUUGGGUCAGAUACAAUAUGUAUUCUCAGACAAAACUGGAACAUUGACAAUAAACAAAAUGAUAUUUCGACGAUGUAUUGUUGGUGGUCAAGAUUAUGCUCAUCUUGGUGAAGAUGUUGAUAUAAUGGCAUGUACAAGAUUAAAAGAAGAUUUAUUAAUUGGAAAUGCACGUCAUAGACUUCAAGAAUUUCUUAUAAUGUUGGCUAUUUGUAAUACAGUUGUUGUCAAUACACAGCCACAUCGUGACAUCAUGAAUUCAAGAGGGAAAAAUCGACACUGUUGUGCCACAAUAUGCACGCAAAGAGAAGGAGAAGGAGAACGAUUAUGGCUGAAAAAUAGUUAUAGUUGAAUAAGUAUAUAAAAAAUUUUAUUUAAUUUUUUUUUUUUUUUAUUUUUCUGAGGGAAGAGAGACUUUGAGAAUUGUGCAACGUGAUAAUAUGUUAUACCAGUUGUCAUCAACAAAUUGAUAAAGAAGUUCUUCAAUAAAAUGUUCGUAAAAAAUACAGUUUCAAGACCAAAUACCAAGUCAGGACUAUAGUUGACUUUGAUGGUCCAGCACCGAAAAUUCGUAUUUACCUUUCUUCAAUAUCAUCGAGUGCUGAUGAUUAAGUAAUUUAAAAUAAAUAAUUAUUAUUUCUGUUUUCUUUGAAUAUUUGAAUAAUAUAAGUACCUAUAUGUUUUUUUCUUUUUGGAUCAUUUAUUAUAAUAAAACGAUUUUCAUAUUA